AUGAUGUGUCACAACCAAUUCCGUGAAUGGCUUGAAAUACCUCCCUGUGGUACUUUAGAUAUUUUACUACUUGCUAAAUCCAAAUUUGGUCUGAACAUAAUAGAUAUAUCGGCGAAAUUCACACAAUGUCAAGUUAUUUUAAGAAGCAAGUUGAAAAACUCAAGUUCACCUGACAUUCGGCAAGUGUACCAAGCCAGUAGUACAAAUACUAAUGUCCAGUACGAUCGUUAUCUCAAGCCGAAGGAAGUUAUUCAAGAAAUCCGGGCAGAAAAAGUUGCAAACAUCACAUAUAAUUUAACUUCACAAAGUUUAAUUAUAAAAUCGCUUUGGAAUGAGGCCUUUCCUGAGAUUGUUAAAGAUUGGCAUGCUACUAUAGACAAACUACCCAAGAACAUUUACAACUUUGUCACGAGAUAUUUGAAUAACACAUUGCCUACCUUGAAUAACAUGCUUCUCUGGAAUAAAACAUCUAGCAAACUUUGCAAGGCGUGCUCAAACGUGCAAACCUUACAACAUGUCGUGCCCUCUUGUAAGAUCCAUCUGGACGAAGGGCGCUACACUUGGCGUCACAACUCGAUUCUUAAACAUCUUGUCGAGUAUUUAUGGAGCGUUAAGAAAGAUUUACGCUUCUACGCUGAUUCGAAGGCUUCGAAAAUCCAUCAGUUGUAA